AUGCGAGAAUUAAAAGGCGCAGGAGGGGAUGCCACUACGCCAAUAAUUGCCUAUACGAGCAAAAAGUCCGCCAAUGACACCGACUACGGUAGUAUCAUUGCCGGCUGCGGUGUGGCGCUGGGGUAUGAAGCCGAUGCCGAGAAGACGGCAGCGCAUUUCGGACACUUGCCCGACGGGCAGCGCUAUUACCGCACCGGGGAUCAGGGCGUAAUGCACCGAGCAGGCUACGUCGAGAUCCUCGGCCGCCUGGACAACCAAGUGAAGAUGAAUGUGCAAGCAUCGCUUUCACGGGUUGUCGCCCACGGCGGCCAGAAAUCCCUAGCGUCGUACGUAGUGCCGCUGGUGUUUGAUCGCCUGGCAUUUAAGCUGGAAAAGCGCGGGAUAAGAAGGGGAAUAGACGCUUCGGCAACGGUCAAGGACUUGAAGCCGCUCACGCCACAGACGAUAUUGUCCGACGCUGCCCGACGGGCACUGGCCCGCAAGAGCUAUCGCCGCUAUUAUCAGGCUGACGACCAACUGACGCUGGAAACGCUGCAACCGUUGCUUCGCAUUACGGUGCAGCCCGCGAGGAAUAAGCGCCGGCUGCACCUGCCUCCGGAAAGGCUGUGGCCGGAGCUUGCCGUGCUGCUGACGCCCCUGCGCGCCUUCAAACAUCAAAUCGAAGGCCUAAACAAGCACAUCUACCCUUCUGCAGGCGGGCUUUAUCCCGUGAGAAUAUACGUGACGCUCUCCCGCGCCUGGGGCGAGUGUCGGGGCCAUUGCUAUUACCACCCUGAAAACCACGCACUGAUGCAGCUUGCCGACGAUCCCCAACUGCUGCCGGAAACAGGAGUCUAUCUGCACCUGAAUGCGUUUCUGCCGGCCAUUGAGCCCGAGUACCAUGAAGAUGCGCCGGCGUACAGCAUGCUGGAAGCAGGUCCUAGCUAG